CACACUCCCAAACACACUUGUCCUCAUCCUCAUUUAGCUGCAGGCCUGCUCCCCUCCUCUCCUCUCUGCUGGAAUGAGAGCCUGAGGAUUAAGGAGCAGGGCGGCUGGACUAGACGAACACAGGAUUGGAAUUGGGAUUGGAGGGUUUGGGCAGGACUGGAUUAUUGUUGGACUGCAGGACAGGGCUGUUUGUACUGGGAUUGGUGACACGGAUUGUCUUGAGGACUCUAUGAAAAAAGCUGCAGUGAGAAUCAAACCUGGUUUUUCAGCGUCUCUGGGAGCACAGGGACUAUUGAGACUGGCUGUGAGGCUACUCAGCUGCAGACAGACCGACGCUUUCUCUGGUAUGAACCUCCGGAUUAUGACACAAAUGUUGCCUGAUGACCUCAGUCCAGAGGAAAGAAAGGAGCUGGAAAGCAUCCGCCGCAGGAAAGAGGAGCUACUGCACGACAUACAGAGGCUGAAGGAUGAGAUAGCAGAGGUGACCAAUGAGAUUGAAAGCCUGGGCCAGAGUGAAGAGAGGAAAAGCAUGCAGAGGAACAAACAGAUGGCCAUGGGCCGAAAGAAGUUCAACAUGGACCCUAAGAAGGGGAUUCGUUUCCUGAUUGACAGCUCCCUGCUGAAAAACACCAGCGACGCCAUCGCCCAGUUUCUCUACAAGGGGGAGGGGCUUAAUAAGACCGCAAUCGGAGACUACCUAGGGGAGAGAGAUGACUUCAACAUCGAGGUCCUGCAUGCCUUCCUGGAGUUGCACGAAUUCACAGACUUGAACCUGGUGCAGGCCCUCAGACAGUUCCUGUGGAGCUUCAGGCUGCCCGGCGAGGCUCAGAAGAUCGACCGCAUGAUGGAGGCGUUCGCCCUCAGAUACUGCCGCUGUAACCCCGGAGUGUUUCAGAGCACAGAUACCUGUUACGUGUUGUCUUUCGCUGUGAUCAUGUUGAACACAAGUCUACACAACCCCAACGUGAAGGACAAACCCUCGGUCCAGAGAUUCACGGCGAUGAACCGAGGCAUCAAUGAUGGAGGAGACCUGCCGGAGGAGCUGCUCAGGAACUUGUUCGACAGCAUCAAGAACGAACCCUUUAAGAUCCCGGAGGAUGAUGGGAACGACCUCACACACACCUUCUUCAACCCCGACAGAGAAGGAUGGCUGCUCAAGCUCGGGGGACGAGUUAAGACCUGGAAGAGACGCUGGUUCAUUCUCACAGAUAACUGCCUCUACUACUUUGAGUACACAACUGAUAAAGAACCCAGAGGAAUUAUUCCACUGGAGAAUCUGAGUAUCAGAGAAGUCGAUGACUCCAAGAAACCGAACUGCUUCGAGCUCUUCAUCCCCGACCACAGAGAUCAGGUGAUCAAAGCCUGCAAGACGGAGGCAGACGGUCGCGUGGUCGAGGGAAACCACACUUUCUACAGAAUCUCCGCCCCGACCGCAGAGGAGAAGGACGAAUGGAUCAACAGCAUCAAAGCCGCCAUCAGCAAAGACCCGUUCUACGAGAUGCUCGCUGCCCGGAAAAAGAAAGUGUCGUCUCUGAAAGGGCUGUAGCGCUGCAGAGGAUGAAACACUGUGGACCUGACUCUGCUGCAGGGAAAUUUGGACCUGAUGGAGAGAAUUUUGCUUUUAUGACUCUUCCUCUGUCCCCUUCAGUACCGACGACUCCCUCUCUACAGGGUUGACCUUUUGUUUAAAGUCCCCCCCCCCCAUCUACAGAUGAAAUGACAGUGGUAGACAUCUGUCUGUAUCUUCCUUUUGAACACUUCUGCAGUACUGUACCCCACUCCUCCUAAAAUGUGCUGUAAUGUCAGCUUUAUACGCUGUGUGGUCGGCUGUGGUACAGCAAGGCUCUACUACAGAGGCACUAAGAACAUUGUAUGUUAGUUAUAAAGUUAAAUACCAAAAUGGGUGAGGGUGAUAACACUCAGGAAGGAAAAGGGUAGGAAAUUCUGUUGGUCUCAGAAUUUGAGAAAAAACAAGCAUACAUUUACAACAGAAAUGUUGAUAAUAAAUAAAUCUGGGUUGUAAUCACAAGUACUUCCUUAAUGCAAAUUAUUAUUACAAUAGGUUAUCCAUUUCAGGUAAAUGACAUAAUAUGACAAGCUGGGGCGUAUUGCUGUGAUGAAGAGGAUCCAGCUUGCCAAGUGAAGCGAUAUGGUUCCCUUAAAAACAACCUGCUAUUUUCAGUGUUAAAUUACCCUCCUCUACCUGAAUAUACUGAAUGACCAGGUUAUUCCUUCAAUGGAUUUUUUCUUCCCUGAUGGCACGGCAUGUUCCAAGAUGACAGUGCCAGGAUCCAUCGGGUUCAAAUUGUGAAAGAGUAGUUCAGGGAGCAUGAGACAUCAUUUCACACAUGGAUUGGCCCCCACAGAGUCCAGACCUGAACCUGAGAAUCUUUGGGAUGUGCUGGAGAAGACUUUGCACAGAGGUCCGAAUCUCCCGUCAUCAAUACAAGAUC